AUGGUUAUUGCAGAUAAAUGUUUCUCUCUCAGCAUUGGUCCUCUUGCCGGGGAGCCAGCAAAGUCAUUUUACUUGGGCUCCCGCGGCGACAUUUGCAAUGCUGGCCGCUUGGGGCUUGACGGGAAUUUCCCUCGCCUUUCUUCACAAGCGUUAUUUUUUAGAGAAUCUUCAGCGGACGAUACUCUAUCCGCUGCAAGUGUGGCUGCCGUUUGUGAUGGUGCUGCAGCCGUCGCUUGCGGAUGCGAUAUUGCUUCUGCCGCUAGCCACAACAGCCGCCAUGAUAUUCCUGGCAGCACAGAGGAGAGAUCCAGCUCUCGACGAUUUGCAGCUUCCCAUUCCUGUUCCUGGACCGCGACGAUUGCGGAUGCGCCGAGCAAUUUUGCUGCCGGCUCCGCAAAAUCUUUGACAAAAGCUGACGCAUUUUCGCAUAUUCCUUCCAAGGGCCCCGAGAAAGAAAAGAAAGAAAAGCAACACUGCGCGUCUGAUGCCAACGCUGAAAUGGCAUUGCAGAAGACGAACCAAAGCCAAGCGCCGGCUCUAUCUGACCUGGAGCGCUUAACCAACGAAGUCAAAGGAAUAUAUGCUGGCCUUGUCAUGGUAGAAACUAAAUGUAUAGAGGUUGACAACGCGCAAAUCCCAGAGAAGGAGCUGAUAUUUGCGCCGAACAACAACAAAAGCAACAACAAAAACAACAACAGCAGCAGCAGCAGCAGCAGCAAUAUGCAAGCACUGAUCGCUCUUCAUAGUACGCUUCUUCAUGAGCACCACGACUUUUUCCUAGCAAGCCAGCAUCCUGCUGCAAGCCCCGCACUGCAGCGCCUGGCUGCUAAAUAUGCGAUGCCAGCACGGAUGUGGCGGCAUGGCAUUCACUCGUUUCUUGAGCUGCUUCGUCACAGCCUACCUGACUCUAUGGAGCAUAUGCUUACUUUCAUCUACAUGGCUUAUUCUAUGAUGGCUCCCCUCUAUGAGACUGUUCCUGCGUCUGCGGAUACUUGGAUAGAGUGUCUUGGAGACCUGGGUCGGUAUCGAAUGGCCAUUGAAGACGAUGACAUCUGGAAUAGAGAAAUCUGGACCACUGUCGCUCGACCCUGGUAUUAUAAGCCGCCGCCUAUAUUCUCUAUGGCGGGACGCUUGUAUCAUCACCUUGCUAUACUUGCGCGACCAAAUCCCCUGCAGCAGCUAUUUUAUUAUUUUUCGACCAGCAACCAUCUCCGACCACCUUUUAUCCAAUUAAUCAACUAG